CUGAAUAGUUGUUUUUAAAUUCAGUCUAAUUUCAUGCGAUAUUUCUAUGCGUUCUGAGUUAUUGUGCAGCGUUUUGAGGAAACUGUUGUCGGAAAACAUUCAAUACCGCAUUUUUAUCAGUAGAAAUGGCGCUUCAGAAUAUUCACGAGCUUUAUAAUAACAAACGGCAUUCAAAUCGAUCAGCUGGUGAUUCUAGUAGAAAUUCAACUACUCUCGUGUGUUACGUUACACUUGCAAGCAAUCAGGUUUAUCAGGUGGAAGUUGACCAUAAAGCUGAAUGUCAGGAAGUCAUAGAUAAGAUGUGUAAACUCCUUGGGAUUACAGAAGAAGCUGGGUAUUUCGGUAUUCAGUUAGCAGGAUCAAAAAACGAAAUGUUCUGGCUUAAUAGCAGAAACAGGUUAUCAAGACAAAUCCCGGGCCAGGCUCCAUAUCAUCUAUAUUUUAGAGUAAAGUAUUUUGUUCCACCAUGUACACUUCAACUCGAGGAGACGAGGCAUCAGUUUUAUACAAACGUUGUACAUCAUCUGAAAAAUGGAUCCUGGGAUGCUGACACCACCCUUGAAACGCAAGCCCAACUGAUUGCUCUCAUGGCCUACAUACAAUUCGGCACUUACAACCCAAAUACAACUCCGUGCAAAUAUGCAUGUUUUUGGCCCGAAUGUCGCCACGAAAUUCCACCAGAAGCCAUUCGUAUGGCUGCUAGUUUUCAUAAGGACUUAAAAGAUAUUACUACAUCUCAUGCGAAAUAUGAACUUUUAUCGAUCGUUUCACGGGAAUUUCCUUCGUAUGGAACAUACUUUUAUGAUAUAAAGGACAUAUUUGAUCGAAAGUUAUUACUUGGUGUUGGUCCUAACGACAUUGUUUUGCUCAACUCAACUGGAGGUGUUAUUGAGCGGUUUCCAUUUUGUCGAGUUCAUACAAUCACAAACAGCGCACGAGUUGUUACUUUAAAUUUACUUGAAGACGAUGGCAGUGUUAAAGGACAAAAUUAUCAACUAUCAUCAACUCGUCUAGCCUAUUCCCUUUAUCGUACGAUAACCGAAGUUCAUGCGUUUUUUCAAAGUGAUUCAAUUAAGCAAUCUUUGAUUGAACAAACUGUACGAGAAUCAUUUACUUCAAUGUUUGAUCAUAAUGGUAAAGAAUAUGCGUUUGAUCUUCGAUAUACAUUUUCGGAAGUGUAUGAUCGAGCCAGAAGACGUAUGUACCGCUGCACAAACAAUACUAAUAAUCCUAUUCCUACAUCCAGACCACAUGAUUUAACCCACCAUACAAGAAGUUUGAGUGGCUCUGUGAAUUCUGUCAUACAUGAUGAUAACAUUUCAACCAGUAGUUUAGAAGCUGUUCACAAAACUGACGAUUCUCAAGGAAAACAUGACUCUUCAAGCCUGGGUGAAUCAGUUGUUAGUGUUGAGGAAGUUCAAGAGAUAGUCCAGGAAACUUUGCGUGAAGUUGCACUCUGUCGUGUUUGUAUGGAUCAACCAAUAUCACGUGUGUUUUUCCCAUGUGGUCAUACAAUAUGCUGUAGUGUAUGCGCUGAUCGUGUAGAUCAAUGUCCUAUAUGUCGUAAAAGUAUCGAAAUCAGGCAUCCAUGCUUUUUACCUUGGAAUACCGAAUCCAAUAAUGAAGAUGUUGACGUUCUUUCUACUUGCACAUUUAAAGAUAUCAGUGAUCGAUUCAAAUCCCACAGACAUUCACGUCAUCAUAAAAACAAUACUACAACAGAUUCAGCUUUUCAUGAAACAGCAUCAGCACCUUCCUGCAAUUUAUCAUCCCUUAUUCCUGAAAUGUCUAAACCAUGUGAUCAUUUAGAUAACCUUUAUCAGUCCACAUCAACUAGUGUACCUCGUAUGUCUAUGAACAAUCAACCUAAUGUUACUUCCUCUUCAAAAUCAACCGCAUCAAUACCUGAUUCACACACUUGUGAAAUUCCUACAACGACUGCUUCAACCUCGAGAAGUUCUAUUUCCCAACCAGCUACGACUUCAGAUAACACUAAAAGCCAUGAAUCAGAAAAAUCUGCUAGUGUUACACGUCGUGUUACAUGGCAAACAGAAGAUUAACACGAUUCACUAGCAGUUAUGCACUUUAGUCUGUGCAUAAUAUUUGUAUAAAUUACUUUUUAUCGGUGAUAUCAAAAAAACAAACCAAUUUAUACUAACCUAAAUUGAUUUAAAAUUAAAGAUUGACUUUCAUUUCUACUUAGCUUGGCUUUUUUCCUUUCUUUUUAGACUACAGAGUUUGUCGCUAAACGGUGCAAUUUAUUGUUUUUGUUAGAAAACCUUUAUUCAUUACUUUCUUCACUCUUCUAAUUUAUUUUUUUUUUGCUUUGCCCUCUAAAUUUAAAUGCAUAGAAAUACACUUAAACAAAACUUCAUUGUACUACAUAAAUAUAUUUAUAAAAUAUGUAGUUCCAAUUGUCAUAUAUGUACAUAUUAUAUUUACGCGCAUAAGCAUAUAUUUAUGAUAAACUAUCGAAAAUCAUGUUCAAACGAUCUUAACAAUUUAUUUCAUGCAUAUAUACGUUUUGAAGUGACUGACUAAUGUGACUAAUUAAUUCCGUAUUGCUUUAUUUCCUGAUUUUUCUUGCAUAAUCUGUCAUACGUAUAAACCUUUCAGUCAGUGUAACAGGAUACCAAUUCAUCGACAUAAUGAAUAUUGUACAGAAGAAAUAUGUAUUUACAUUUAUGACCUUUAUUAUACUGUUGCUAUCAUUUUUAUUGUGAUUACGUAUAAUUUGUUCAUUUGUGACAUUUACUGCCCCAUAGAAACAAACUUGCUGUUUACUAAUACUCAGUUUCUGUUGCCUUGUGAAAAGCAUUAAUUAUAUCCAUUCAGAAUUUUAAAGUUGAUAUCUUGCAAUGUAUUACUUACUGUGUGUUUUGUGUAUGUGUUAUGUGUACAAUGAAAUCACAGUUAUAUUUAUAUAGAUUCAAAGAGUAAAUGUUCAAAGUUAAUUGUUUCAAAACUAUUUUUUUUGUUUAAAGAGAAAGUAUAGUCAAUGUUUAAAAAGUU